AUGUAUGGCCGGUUUUCUCUGAUUUCUCGCCUCAUCUCUCCCGCCCUCUCUUGCUCUUACCCUGGCGCCGAUGAACGAAACAGAAUAGGAACAGGAACGUGGGGUGUACGAGUUCACCAAGAUUUCAAUGGUCUUCCAAGUUUGAGUAUGCUUUCUGAUGACAUAUUGGUCGAUCAUAUAUUCGACUACCUGAUGGUGGAAGAUAUCCUAUGCUUGCGAAUGGUCAACAAACUGUUCUACAACCUUACGCACCAUGGUAUAAUAUGGAAACGGUUUCUACAGAGGAUCGGACCCAACGUGCCUGCGCUACCGCCUUCUCUGCAGUAUUCUCCUCAUUUCUUGACCUCGUUCGAGGCCGAACGAUUAGUUAUUCGCGCUAUUACAGUCCACAAGAACUGGAUCCUGCCAAAUCCGCCUGCCGCCUCUUACCUUCCUGUGCAAGCACAUAGACAUAUAUUAUCAAUGGUCGUACUUCCCGGCGGAAAAUACCUUGUCGCUUCUACAUGCAAUCUUGCCAAAACUCACUACAGUUUGGUCGUAUAUGUUCUUGAUCACCGUAUCCGUGGCAUCGUCCCUCUGGCAGAAACGCCCGUCCGAGGGAAAGCGUACAAUGUAUGCGCCAAGUACGUGAAUGUGGAAGGCACGCCAAGCAUUCUUAUCGGGUAUAUUCGCCGGAAGACAUUGAAAAGUCAUCAAAGUACUAACAGUAUUGAUCCCUCCAUAUACAAUCCGUACUUGAACAACCCACGAUGCCAAAUCGAUGCUCCAAUGCCGCUGGAGUAUGUCGCGACGUGUUUACAGAUUUCCCUGGAUGCACUAGAUGCGUUAGGAAAUCCUGCCCUCGUACCUGGUUCCCAAGACGAUUCAGAACUUCGAAAUAUUGAUGUUGGUGAAGUCGAUGACGUUCCGAACAUGGUAGUUGCCAAGAUGCCCGAAACGAUUGUGAUGAAGGAACUGACUUUUGAAGGUCGCAUAUCUACUUUUCAAUGCGCGCGCGAGGUCACGCUUUCACAACAGGAGCAACCUAUUUGUAACCUCCGGCUAUUACCAUUGCAAGGGCAAAUUCUCGUCGUACGCUCCACGAACCGUCCGCAGUUAGCACCGACCAAUCCCUCGCCUGGAGGUCCACCUAUCAUUCCCGAUGUCAUGUUUACUGUCGCCAUGUUUCCCACGCCUGAGCCUGGGGAUGGAGAAGCGGGAGAGUUUAACCCGCUUUCAAUUGCCUCCUUUUACGGGAAAGACAUUGAAGACUUCCAAAUAAGUGAUCCGCACGCGCUCAAUGACCAUGGUAGCGAUUUUUUGCCACCUCCUAUCAAUAUCUUCUACAGGAAUGAAAGCGGGGGUCGUAUCUGUCACAUGAUUAUCUCGCCAACCCCACGAGAGAGUGCGCCCGAGGCGUUUAGAUCUACAGGGAAGCCACAUUAUGCUAUCACGAACCUGAAGUCCAACAUGAUGCACCGCUUAUCCUUCAAAAAUGACGAAUCCAGAACAGUAUGCAGAACAUUCGUCAUCCCAGGAUGUUUGCGCUCUUUAUUCUACUCUAUUCCACGCGAUAAUCGAUCAGACACGCUUUCUAUCCGCAACUUCUCCGGCCAUCUUCUAUCGAAACGAGGUGACGAUGCCUAUAGUAUUAUGCGGCGCGAAAUGCUGCAAAAUAUUCUCCGAAAUGUUCCCAAGCACCGCGAAAAUAUGCUCGGACAGUUUAAUCUGCCUUCAUAUAUCCUUGAUCAUAUUCGCAGUGGUGUGACAGCGAUAGCCUGGGACGAAGGCACUGGGCGUAUCUUUUAUUCUAAGCCACACGAGACGAUGCUGCAUAUACUUGAUAUGGCAGAAACACCCGUGGAAACGAUACAUGGGCAGCGUUAUCCGAUCCCUCUGGAGGAUGAGCGCAUGCUUGAUUUGUGA